GGGCUGGCCUCGCUCUGGGCCUGUUCAAUCCCAGUCGCCCCAUGCCGGGCACUGCCCGGGCAGUGGACGAACCCUCUCCCUGGGCCCUCGGCAGCUGACUCUCGCGGCGAGUCGCGCUGAGAGGCCGCGGAAAGGCGUGGUCCCAUUCUGCAGACAGAAGUUACGGCGUAGAGUGGGGAGGAGCCUUGCACCGGGGCUCGCAGUGAGAUCGUGACUGUGGAGUUAAGGUUUUACACCUGCUACCAGGCCACUCUUCCUCACCUGUCAAAGGAAGGGGUUCAGCGAAAGCAUUAGUCAGAGCUAAGCACAUAUUUAGAAGCCAAGUCAUGGAUCCACCUUCGCGUAAAGAAAAAUCCAAAGUUAAAGAACCUGUCAGCAGGGUGGAGAAGGCUAAGCAGAAAUCAGCCCAGCAAGAGCUGAAACAAAGACAGAGAGCAGAGAUCUAUGCCCUCAACAGAGUCAUGACAGAACUGGAGCAGCAGCAGUUUGAUGAGUUCUGUAAACAGAUGCAGACUCCGGGAGAGUGAUCCAGCCAUGUGUUCAACCCCCUGGGACUGUGCAGGCCUUGUUUAUGAGCUUGUUACCAGUGUUAAGCUCAGGGGACCUGUUUGAAGCCUUACGGAACUAGCUAAGACAUUUGUGGGUAAACCUGAGCUCGAGAUACGUAGCUUCAUGGUCUUCCACGCUGAAUUGGACCAGUGCUUACUGAUGAGACUUCUUUUCCUCUACUAAGAUAAUAGACCUUUUUUUAAAAUUUUUUCUAUUAUUUGAGAAAAAUCAGUGUUUCUUGUGAAACUGUGUAUCUUCUUCAAAAAUGCAAAU